GGUUGACCUUCUGCUGUGACCAGUACACGUUGACGACACAACUUUGCCCAAGAGCGCCAAAGUGCAAGAUGCCCUUCUUCGAUCAGGUCCAGCUGGCACCGCCAGACAACAUGUAUGAGCUCAAGCUCAAGGCCGAUCCCGACCGCCAUCCGGACAAGGUCGAUCUUGGCGUGGGCAUCUAUCGUAACGAACAUGGUGCUUACCACGAAUUACAAGUCGUCAGGCAGGCGAAAGAACAUCUCGCGGCAGAGAAUCCAGACCAUGACUACGAGGUCACGACGGGCAACGCAGAUUUCGUCCGCCUUGCGGCUAGGCUGGUCUUUGGCAAAGACUCGGCCGUCCUCACUGCCAGCAAGACGACUACUGUCCAGACCAUAUCUGGAACAGGCGCAGUCCACUUGGCCCUCUUAUUCCUGAGUCGCUCCGUUCCCAACAUGAGCCGAGCUGUUUACGUGGGCGUUCCCGCCUGGGGCAACUACAAACCCAUGUGCGAGCUGGUCGGCCUCGACUUCAACGCAUACAACCACUACGUCCCCUCCACAGGCCUCGUCGAUUGGGAAAGCGUCCUCUCCGCCGUCCGCUCCGCCCCGCGCGGCAGCAUCUUCAUCCUCCAAGGGUGCUGUCAUAACCCGACCGCGGCGGACUUUACCCAGGACCAGUGGGUGGUGCUUGCACGCGAGAUGAAGGAGCACGACCAUUUCCCAGUCUUUGACGUCGCGUAUCACGGCUUGGGCAAGGGACUCGACGAGGACAUUUUUAGUGUCCGCCACUUCGCCUCGAUGGGCUUUGAGGCGCUCGUCUGCCAGUCCUUCUCCAAGAACUUUGGACUGUACGGUGAGCGAGUCGGCGCGCUCCAUGCCAUCUGCGCCAAUGAUAAGGCUGCGCGCGCGGUGCAUGAUCAGCUGCGCUUCCUUAUCCGCUCGGAGUUUAGUUCCUCGCCUGCAUUCGGGGCGCGGAUCGUGACGAGAGUACUUUCCGACCCAGGACGCGAGACUGCCUGGCGAGAGGAAAUCGCGAGCCUCCAAUCUAGGCUGCAACUGACCCGCGAGAAGCUUCGGCACCUCCUGUGCGAGGUACACAAGACGCCUGGUAAUUGGGACAUUAUCACACAUGGCACAGGUCUUUUCUCUCUCCUUCCCCUUACACCAGAACAGUGCCGAGUACUACAAGAUACAUAUCACAUAUAUGUCGUGCCGACUGGGCGCAUCACGAUCCCCGGCCUCAACGAGAACAAUGUAUCAUACGUAGCCAAGAGCAUCGAUGAGGUUAUUCGGGCGUCUCAACAGAGUUGAGCCACUGUGCAGGAAGUAAAAUUAGGUACAAUUGGACUGAGGGUUUUGUAGCACCGUGGUUCUUGCAAUACAUGAUCUGAA